AUGACCACGACACCACCCCUCGCGACGGGUGCCAACCCUCCGAUUCCCGCCGAACAGCUCGCCGCACUUACAUCGCUGCUGUCGGGUCUCACCGCUGCCGCUUCCGGCACUGCCACACCCGCCACGACGUCCGGCACCACUCGCACUGCCUUUCCAAAGCACGCACGCUUGGAUGGUGCGAAGACCUUCGCGAACUGGACACGCCAACUUCGCCUGUGCCUAGCGGACGACAUCCGCUCGUACGUCCUCGACGGUAUCGCACCCGACGACUGGACACCUUCGCAACGCUCCGCUCGCGACGCCGUCGCUCGUGAGGUCCUUGCGAAUUCGAUUGACUCGGCCGAAGUCUCGGCAGUCCUCGACAAAAUCCCUACCGCCGACCUGACAGCGCCGACAAUCUACUCGACGCUGAAAUCGCGGUACGCCCCUGACGACGCCACCCGCACGCUCGAGCUCUUCUCACGACUCUGGGGUUUCCGUCCCAUGCCCGGCACGGUUGCCGAAUUCGACGGGUGGAUCAUGGACUUCAAAGCCGUUGCGCAAGAGAUCAUCGACACAAAGACAACUAUCAAUGAUGUUCUCGCCACACUCCUCCUUGCAAUCGCCCACCCGUCCCUCGAGAGCUUCAAGGCGUCGUUCACCGAUGAACAGCGCACGCAACGAACUCUCCCCGACAUUGAUUCGCUUGCCGACCGUAUGCGAGUCCAACUUCGGUCAACGAACAUCCCCAGCACUCAAUCGGCCCUUCUUGCCUCGUCGUCGUCACGUUCUACUCGUCUCAAGUGUCUCGCCUGUCGCAGCCCUUCGCACCGAGUCGCGGAGUGCCCUACGAGGGCGCAACACCCGCCGCCAGGACCCUGUCGCUCCUGCAAGAAGAAGGAUCACUGGUCUCUCGACUGCAAGAAGGCGCUCGAGGACGGCAAAAAGCCCGACACCGCUGACUCGACCGUCGACUCGCAACACCAUGUCGGAUGUCUCGCCACCGGUCUUCUCGCUCGUCGUCGCCAGCUUCGCAACCACUCUUUUGUCGUCGACUCGGGCGCCACUUCGCACAUGGUCUCGGACAAGUCGCUGUUCACGACCUAUCGCCAUAUCGCUCCUACGAAGAUUGGUGGUAUUGCAGGGGGCAUCAACGCCAUCGGAACGGGAAACAUCGCCUUCAUUGCCGCCUCGGGUCAUCCGAUCACGCUUACCGGCGUGCUGCACACUCCGGGCCUGUUUGUCAAUCUUCUCUCGGUCUCUCGACUUUGCGACACCGACGAUGUCCGUGUCGCCUUCACAAAACACGGCAUCCACAUUGACAAGGACGGCAACGACAUCGCUGAAGGCGCACGACUCGACGAAGGGCUCUACUUGCUGGACGCUGAUCAUUCCAAAUGUCAGCACCUUGCUCUCCUUUCUCGCUCACAGUCGUCCGUGCCCCUGCUGACUCUCCAUCGCUGCCUCGGCCAUCUCGCACCGUCCUCCAUACAGAAGAUGGUUGCCGCUGGUUUGCUGGAGGGUCUCAGGGCCGGAUAUAGUGACGAAGAGGUAGAGAAGUUUGUCUGCAAUGCUUGCCUCAGCGCAAAGGGCCAUCGUCUUCCCUUUCCCGAUUCGGAUUCGCACUCCUCAGAGAGACUCGGCCUUGUACACAGCGAUGUGCUUUCCUUCCCCGAGCGGUCCUUGACUGGCAAACGUUACCUGGUCACAUUCCUUGACGAUUACUCGCGCAAACUCUGGGCCUACGCAAUCGGACACAAAAGCGAAGUCUUCGGCAUAUUCAAAAUGUCAGGAGCACAGCCUGCACUGCCAUCAAUACUCGAAGGAAGUCUCCCAAGUUUGCGGCCGGAGUCGACAUCAGCUACCGGUUUGUUCGUUGCAAGCAUUGUCGGCGCGAUGGUGUAG